AUGAAGCAGGAGGAGGAGGCGGCCCCAUCCCCGGACGGGACAGCUGACUGGUCCAGCUCUAAUUGCCCCAAACGUCUGUGGGAGUUCUCUCUGGAGCAGCUGCGCACCGGUGUCACUGGAGCCCAAAGGGAGCGUAAUUUCAGGAUUACUUCAGGAUUUAUACAAACUUCUUUGACGUAUUGGGUUACCGCUCCCGAGACGGAUUACCAUGACGUCCCCGAUUGGAAUAUGAACUUGGGAUAA